AUGCUUUUCUGGGCUGUCAUCACUUCCUUGCUGCUCUCUGUCUCUGGUGACAGACCAGCAUGCUCAACUUUAGAAACGACUGAAACAACAAAUUUCCUCAUUAGGAAAUUGGAGGAACAAAGAGUUGGAACCUGCAACUGUAGUGAGAAUGCCACCAACUGUUUAUGUCUUCCUAUACCAUCAGACAACUGCAUCACCUCAUGUUUUCAUGAUGGGCUGAGGAAGAUGAGCCGGGCUCUGCCUAUAAUUGACAGAGUUGACCUACAGAGGGUGAAUACUUCCAUUCAGAUUCUGCAGAUUCUCCAGUGCGAACCCUUCUCUUGUAAGGAGCCCUGCAAUGCCACAGCUACAGGCAACAUGGUGGAGUUUCUCUAUGCCAUCCAGGGGAAUCUCCAGAAAGCCGGCCACAGAUAAUGAGCAAGCAACAUUGUUAUUUAUCCUAUUUAUUAUCCAAUUUUGUAAAUUGAAGCACAAUAAUUCACAUUAAAAGUGAAAAUGAGAACCAACACAAGAACUGAAGGCCAGAAACCUCUUGUUAAAACUGUGUUCUUUUCAGUUUUGAAUAAAACUGUUCACUAAAAAGAGAAUCUGUAUUAGCCUGCCUAUCUCUUUCUCUCUCUUUCCUGGGUCAAAAGACAGAGACAC